GAGUCUGUUUUCAUGCCUCAAUACCAUGCCGCAGACGAUCACCUCGGUGGAUCUACCUCAUACACAUUUGGAGACCUCAGUACCCAGUCGAUACCUAUCCCAUGUCAUCGUCGCGUCGCUCAAACGGCGCGGUUUCCAGGCGGCCGAGGCGGGCGCUCUGAUUGAAAUGGAGAGGUUGCUGAAGAGGCACGUUCAGAAUCUCUUCAUCCAUGCCAAAAGAUGGUCUGAUUUGGCCAAUCGAUCGUCACCGAAUGCUUUGGACUUUAUCGCCAGCCAUGAGGACAGAGUCAAAAGAUUGAAGAGAGAAUCGAAAAGGCCGAGGAAAGGUCCUAAGCUAUCCACUAUUCCCCGAGAGCCCUCUCCGACGCCGCUGCAGCUGUUGACGGAUCUCAAGGAGAUCAUGCUGGCGAACAAUGGCUCGUCGGACGAUAUCAAGCCGACAAUGAUGGACAUCCCAGAGAGGAAGUUGGAAGGUGCUUUCGAAGGCGCUCCGAGUCUUCCUGGAGAAUGGACUUAUGCAGAUCCUCGGACCGACGCUGAUGGUGAUCCCGAUAAUUCUGUGGAACCUCCCUCUUCUCGACUACCCCUCGUCACACCUUCUUCGCUGGAGUUUGUCAAGUCCACAGUGGCUGAAAAGGGGAUAGAUCCAGAAUUAGGAAUCGUCAAUUAUCGGAAGAGGGCCAGAGGGGCUUUGAGGUAAGGCGGGUGAAAGAGGGUUCGUCACGGAUGCGUGUACUACAAAGCAUCGGCGAGAGCAUAAUCAGUGACCAGCGGACUCUCAUCUACGUUGGAAGAGGAGAUUCGCUACUCGUAGACACGACAUAUUGGAUGCGAGAGCAACAUUGUACAAUACGUUUACAUUCGAGCCAAUGUAUAUAUAAUGAGGUCACG